AUGUCUAUAUACCAAAUCAGGCGAGCGAUGUCUAGCGAUACUUUGGUGGGACUGAAUGGGGACAAUAGCAAAGGCGAUCUACAUACGCCAACCAACGGUGAUGCGACUUUCAACUUCCAAAUAGUACAAAAACCAACAUUGGAGCGAUCAAUUGCUAAUGACCUGACAGGAAACACACUACAGACCUCGAGGCAAGAGGCCACGACGUUCCAGGAUCCAAGUUUGUUGGAAGAAAUGCUCAAUAGCGGAAGUUCCAUGUCCAGAGAGCGGAUCGACUCGGAAUGGCCAAAGCAUUUACCGGCAACAGCAGCGCUACAGCCCCAGCUAAAUAGAAGGCUAUCGAUCUCGGAAUACAACAGCACCAAACCGGUGUACUACGAGUACGAGAUUUUUGAAAAUGGAAUGAUAGAUCGCAACGAGGAAGAAGAAAUUAUGGUGACAGAUGACGAGGGCCCCGAUAUAUUUUCAUUUGCCGAACAGCGUGAACGGCGCAAGGACUCUACUGUUUUCAGCAAUUAUGGUAACGAUAUGGCGAUGAAUCUGUCGCCAGAGCCGUUUUUGGGAUCCGUGCCACCUUCGCAGCAACAUGCGACGAUUAUCGAUCACGACUCGAGCACUGGUGGCAGCCACGACUUGGCUCGUCUCCCCAGCGGUGGUGACGCACAGGCCAAGAAAAAAGUCAAGGACUACUUUAAAAUAAAUUUUUUCAAUGGUGGAAAGAACCCGGAAACGCUGGUCGAUCCGGAGCUUCUGGACGAAGAGCCACAACCUUUUCUCAAAAAGAAAUAUUUUUGGAGUCGAAAGCCAACUAUCCCCGUAUCCGCUCGGGAUUCAUGGUCGCUGGUGGAGCCAGUUGUCAAUCCUUCGAAGUUAUUGGCGUCCAGCACCAUAAGUUCGCAUUAUAAUCUCGAAAACUGCACCACCACCAAGUUUAGUACUUCUGAUACUGCCCAAAGCUCACCGGAGCUGAAUCUAGACAGCGGUGUCGUCAAAAAGAAAAAAAUGGGCUUCCCAAAGACACGCGGCAGGAAACCGUCUCCUAUUCUUGAUGCUUCGAAGCAUUUUGCGUGCGAAUUUUGCGACAGGCGGUUCAAAAGACAGGAACACUUAAAAAGACACAUAAGAUCGCUGCAUAUGGGCGAGAAGCCAUUUGGUUGCCACAUAUGCGGCAAAAAGUUUAGCAGAAGCGAUAAUCUUAACCAGCAUGUCAAAACACACUCGGAUGGCGAGUUAUCAUGA